AUGAAAAUACCUAUACCCAAAGAUGAUAAUUUCAUAUUAAUGUUAGAUAAAUUAAGUCAGGAAGAGAAGUUUUUUAUUCACAUAUUAUCAACAUGUGAAGAUAAACAUUUGUUAGGUCAUUUAUUUUCAUUCGUUGAUUGGGUAUGGUUAAAAUCAGAUUUAUUAGCAUGGGCUCCAGUAUUGAAUAGAUUUGAUGACUUAUUGAAGAAAUAUAUAAUACACAAUAAAUUAAUAAUGCAAAAAAAAAGUAACAAUAAUGGUGAUAAUGAGAACAGUGAUAAUAUAAUAAUGAGUGAUCGAAUACAGAGGAUAACGGGAUAUACCUUGGAAUAUAAUUACAACAAUUAUAAUGAUAAUAAUAAUAAUAAUAAUAAUGAUAAUAAUAAUAAUAAUAAUAAUAAUAACAAUAAUAAUAAUAACAAUAAUAAUAAUAAUAAUAAUAAUAAUAAUAAUAAUAUUAACCUUUCGUGUCAGUCACCUUGUGAAAAUGGACAAGAAGCAUUUAUACCUUCUGAUUUAUUAGUCGAAGAAAUAUUAAGGUUUACUUAUAAUAUACUAGACAAUUGCUUAAAUAAAACAAAAUAUAAUUCAAUUGAACAUUUAAUAUUACUUUUAUGGAGUUUUAAUCCGAAAUUAUCUAUUUUAUGUGCUGAAAUAUUAAAUAUAUAUUAUUUAUUUAUAAAGAAAACUAAAAAAAAUGAAAAUAAAAUUAAUGAAAUCGUGAAUUUUGUAGGAUCUAUUAUUAAUAUUCCCAUACCAGAUCAUUUACAUCCCUAUAUAAAUAAUGAUAUAGGUAGAAUUAAUGAUAAUAAUUAUAUAUCUGGUUUAGUUUUAUAUUAUUUACAUGACAAAAAAAAUGAGCAGUAUAUGAAGAAUAUAUAUAACAAAGUAGAAAAUAAAUAUUUCUUAGAUUUAAUUGAUAAUAAUAUUGAUCUACAAAAAAUUAAUAUUAAUAAUAUAAAUAUAUCAUUUACAUCUUUAUUUCCAACAAAUAUAAAAUAUAAUGAAACACAAAAUAUAUUAAAUAAUGCUUUUGAUUAUAUUAUGAAAAACUAUAAUAUUCCUGAACAGUAUAUAUAUGAUUUAAGGCAUAAAUUAAGAAUAUAUAUUGGUUUAAUAUGUCCUAAAUAUCGAAGGAAAUUAUUUAAUUUAAGAUAUUUAAUUUUAUCAGGUUCUUUAUCUAUUACUUCUAUAGUGUCACCUCAAAUUGUAACUAAUAACAGUAUAUUUUUAGAAGAAUUAUUAUACUUUUUAAAAUAUCAUAAAUUUGUACAUUUUAAUACAUUACGUAUUAUUUUUGAUUUAUUAAUUACAUCUAUUGAAUCACAUUUAUAUUAUAAGGUCGUUUCGGAUGUAUUAGGUUUACGAUUACAUAGUGGUUUAUUCAUUAGUAUAUUUAAAUAUUAUUUAAAUUAUUUCUUAUCUCCAUUUACCUUACAAAAGGAUAUAUGUCCACUAUAUGUUAUGAAUGAAAGUGAAAGAGAAGUCUAUAGUAUAAAUGAUAUAAAUGAAUAUUAUAUAAGAAAAAGUAAUACUAAUAUUAAAACUUCAUUAUAUCCUAAGGAAACUACUGGUCAUGCAUUUAUGAACAACGACAAUUCAAAUAACAAUACUCAUAAUAACUUAAAUAAUAACAAUAUUAUAAAUAGUAAUAAUAAUUUAAAUUAUUAUACAUUAUCAGAUAAUGACAUUUUAAUGAGCAUUUUUAGAGAUUCUAUUCCACCACAUAUGUUGAAUACGAAUAAUACGGAAAUCAAUUCUUUAGUUCAAGCAUCUCAACAUAUAAAUAAUAAUAUCAAUUAUUUUUAUCCAGUAAAUAGAUCUGUUAGUCCAUCACAAGAACAAUAUUUUACACCACGAGCUUAUGCUCAGGAAGAAAAUCAUAAUAAUUUAAAUUUUAAUUAUAAUGGUAGCAAUGUAAUGAAUCAAUCUAACAUAAUGAAUGAACAAAAUGUCUUCUCGUCAGUUCCAUUGGAGACAUUAGGAACUGUUGAAUCGAAUCAAAUGCAGAAUUUAGUUUCUUCAAAUAUGUUAAAUUCUAAUGGAACAUCUAUUGAUAUUAAUACUUUAAAUAUGAACGUACGAUCAAGUGAUGGUUCAUCCCUCAACAACAUCAACAACAGUAAUAGUAAUAUUAAUAGUAACAAUAAUAAUAAUAGUAAUAACAGUUCUAUUUUUACUUUUGGAAGUGUUAAUAAUCAAGGGGAAAGUGUGAGCGCGAUUGAUAAUAUGAACAUAUUUGAUUAUAUAAAUAAUACUCCCAACAUGAUUAAUGACAAUCAUUUGAAUAUUUUGGAUUAUAUACGUCAUAGUCAAUCAAAUAAUAAUAAUAACAACAACAACAAUAAUAAUAAUAAUAAUAAUCAGCAAAGUGAAAGUAAUAUCGAAAAAGAUGAAAUAAAAUAUGAGAAUUAUAUCAGUGAAGAAACAAUUAUUAAUAAUAUAAAGAAUUGUAAGAAGAGUGGUGAAAAUGAAUUUCUUAAAGUUACUAAAUCAUAUUUUAAACAAUUCCGUAAAAAGAAAAAACAAAUUUCCAUGAUGUUACAAUUAUUAACUUUAUAUCAUACAUGUAUUAUGGAACCAUGUCCUAUAUUAACAAUAGCUCAACAAAACACUUUAAAAUUUUUCCCAUUAUUUUUAUUAGAUAGUUCUACACAUAAUUUGCCAAUUGUACAUUUGUUAUUAAGAAUAAUGGAAACGUUAUUAGACUUCACUCCAAAUUUUUAUUUCACAGUUAAAGAUGAAGAAGAGUUAUAUAAAAUAUUAUUAUCACGUUUUCAAUAUGAAUUUUUUAUGAUGUCUGAUAGUUUUUAUCAUUUGAACAGAAAAGAUUAUUUAAGAUAUUAUUUUGAACCAAUUAAUUAUGAACGUUAUGAUAAAGAAUUUAUAGAAAGUAAUGAGCAGAAAGAAAUAUAUAUAAAAAGGAAGCGUGAAGAAUAUUUUAAUAUUUUAAAUCAUAUGCAAAAUGUUGGUAAUGUUAAAAAUAUCAAUAAUAGUGAUAAUGUUAUGAAUGUUUCUGUUAAUAUGUCUGGUAGUAUAGUCCCUAAUAAAAAUAAUCAGAUAAAUAAUUCAGCAGAUGCUAGUGUAAAAAAUGUUAUAUAUAAUAAUAACAACAAAAACAAUAAUAAUAAUAAUAACAAUAAUAAUAAUAAUAAUAAUAAUAAUAAUAACAAUAAUAAUAAUAAUAAUAUUGAUAAAAGUACAGUCGAUGAUAAUAUUUGGAAUGUUGAAUGUUAUGAUGAUAAGAGCAUGUUUUCUAUAAAAGAUAAAUCACUAAAAAAACUUUUUGAAACAUACAAUGUAAAUAUAGAAGUAACGGAUGAACUGUUAUUAAAUAGAUUUAAUUUCUGGAUGAAAUUAUAUAUAUAUCAAGAAAGAAUGAAAAUAAUAAAAAUGAUUAUUAAAGCAUUAAAUUUAGCUCUUAAAGGUUAUUCACCAACAGAUACUUUAUUAGAUAUAUUUACAAAUAAUUAUAUAUCAGUAAAAAUUAUUAAAUAUAUAUUAAGAUUUCCACAUAAAUUUGGAUUAUGUUUAUAUGGAUAUAUAUUAGGUUUUAUAUAUGAACAUAUAUAUGAAGAUCCAACUAUAUUAUCAACAUUAUUAAAAGAAGGAAUAUUACAUAUUAUGUUAAAUGGUAUUGUUGAACAAAAUCUAAAAGAUGAAACGGUCUUAAUAUAUGUACCAUCUUUACUAUCACUGAUGUUUAUUCAUAGUAUUGGAAAAUCAACUAUGAAGAAAAUUAAUUAUACACCAAUAUAUAACCUUUUUCAUUUUGUUAUACAAAGAGAUUAUUUUUUUUUUGAUAGAUUUGGUGAUAUUGCAGUAUCUGUUGGAAAUAUAAUUAAUGAAUUAGAAAAUUAUGGUUUUGUUAUGAAAGAUUUUUUAAUAUUCCAUAUAAAAUUAUUAAAAAAUGUAUUAUUAAAAGGUCUAAAAUUAGGAUAUUGGAAAUGUAUAGAUUAUAAUUAUAUUGAAAAAUAUGUAGAGAAUUCAGUAAAACAAUUACAAGAUAUGCAAUUAAAAGAUUUAAAUUUAAAUAGAUAUAAAUAUAGAAAAGAUAAAUUCUUGUUAGAUAGAUUAUCCAUUUUGUGUAGAUUUAUUUUAUCAUAUAUGAAAACAUCAUGGAUUAAAAAUUUUAUACAAUUGAAUGGUUUAAAAAUUUUAAUGAACUUUACAAAUCUACCUUGUUUCCCACCAAAUUAUAUACACAUUUUUGAGUAUCAUCCAAUAUAUAGUCUUAUUAUGAAAAUUUAUUUAUAUGCUUCAUUUAAAAACUUAUAUAACCAAUUUCUUUAUCCCUUAUAUAAUUUUACAAAUUUUAUUAUGUAUACUCAGUAUCUCAAUUUUAUAUUAAAACAUAAACUUAUAUUCGAUUUAGGUACAAAUAUAAUAAUAAUAAAAAAAGCUGAACUUAGAAAUAUAUUAAAAAUGGAAACAAAUACAAAUAAUAAUAAAUAUAAGAGUAAGUCUUGUAAUAGUAUUCAUAAUAAUAAUGAAUCAGAAUAUAUAUAUAAAGAUCUAUAUAAUUAUAAAAGUAGUUACAAAUACAAUGUGGAUAAUAAUAAAUAUUUUAAGAAAGGUAAUUCUUGUGGACCAUAUAUAGAUCGUAAUAAAUUGCUAUUAACUAAUAUUACUCAUUUAUUUAAUAUUUUAUAUUUUUUAAUAUCAGCAUAUACAGAUGCUAAAGGAUUAUAUGGAAAUGAAGAAAAGUUAUAUGAUUCUCCUGAAAUAUCCAAUAGAAAAAUUUUAGAAAUUUUUUCAGACGUUUUAAUUUCUAUAGAAAGUGUUUUUGAUUUUUUCUUUACACUUUAUUUUUAUCAAACAAGUGAUUUAAAUAAUACUAUUGUUCUACCAUUAAAAGAUAAAAUAUGUAUACAUGAACAUGUAAAAAGAACAAUUAGAAAUAAUCAAAAUAAAUCAGAUUAUCUCUUAUAUAAUUUAUUUGGUUGUAGUCGUUCAUUAUAUUGUUAUUCUGUUAAUAAUCAUUUAUAUGAUAUCACUAAUGAACAUAAAAAAAUACAUUUUUUAUGUGAUGAAGAUAAUGAUGCAAACGAUUAUAAAUUUAUUGAUAAUUUAAAAAAAAUUGACAAUGAUGAUAAGGUAUAUAAAGCCAUAUAUAAAUAUACCUUUUCUCAUGUUAUAUCAGAAUUUACUAAAUAUCAAAAUAAAAAUUUUAAAACACCAUCUGAUAUAGCAAAUUAUAGAAAAACGGAGAAAUCUAAAUUUAAGAGAUAUUUUUCGAAUUCAGAGGAAUCUAUAAAACGAUCACUAAGGAAGAGCAAUUCAACAAAGCCGAUUGUUCGUAGCAAUAUCAAACAUUCAAGUAAACAUGUGGACACCAUUACAAAUAAUGUCAGCAAUAAUAAUAAUAAUAAUAAUCUUUAUUAUAAUAUACAACGCAAUAUUUUAUGUAACACACAUGAUUCACAUAAUGUUGUAGAUUUUUCUAAAUUAUACAAUAUAUACAAGGACAAAUCCAGAGAAUAUAAAAAUAAAUUAAAUUAUACAGAUAACAAAUAUAACAAAGCAGAUAGAUGCGAUUACAAUGAUUAUUAUAUAGAUGAUAAAAAUAUUCAUAUGCACACAAGUUAUCCAUAUGAAUCCAAGUAUGUUAUGUGUGAAAGUUUAAAAUCUUUGCUAGUUGUUAUUAAAAAAUUUUUUAUUAUGAUUAAUUUAGCUUGUCAUACUAGGCAGCUAAAAAUGAAGACAAGCCCUAAUUACAUAUUUUAUAACGUUAUGCAACAGAAACAUAUUUUAUGUAUAAUUAGGUGUAUAACAAAAUGUAUGAUGAAUGUACCUGUUGUUAGUAAACCUAUACAAGAAAAUACUUACUUAGAAGGAAAUAAUAUUUAUCAUAUUUUAUCAGAUCAUAUAACACAAGACAAAAUUAAUUAUUUAAAUAAAUUAAAUGAUAAAAAAUAUAAAAGUAAUAUGCACACUUCAAAAAAUGUAUGUAAAAAUUAUAUAAGAAGAAUGUCACGAGAUAUGCAAGAUAACAAUUUAAUAAAAAAUGAAAGUGUCAAUAAUGUCUCAACAAAUAAUGUUUCCUGUGAUAUGAGUCAUUAUAACAUGAUGGAUCAAAAUAAAAAUAGUUCCAUUGAUCAUAUGAGUAAUAAUAUUAAUGUUAAUAAUUAUAUAUAUCAAACAGAAUGUAAGAAAGGAGACAAGUAUUUUAAUUUAUACGAUUAUUCAUAUACGCCCUAUAUGAAUUAUAAUGUAGAAAAUAUAGAAAGUGGAUAUCCGGAGACAUUUUAUAUGGAAGAUAUAUUAUUUAAAAGAUAUAAUUUCAAUUUUUCAAAUAUAAGUGUAAUAACAAAUAAGCAAAUAUAUCAUAAUAAAUAUUCUAAUAAAGAAUAUUGUGCUAAUAAGAGUAUGAGUCAUGUUGAAGAAGAAGCAUACGAAGUAUCUUUAAUGGAUUCUAUAAAUAAUUUCAACAACAACGUAAACGUUGACAAUAACAACAAUAAUAAUAAUAAUAAUAAUAAUAUUGACAAAUGUGUUGAUAGUUUAAGUGGAGAAUUUAAUCACAUAAAUAAUUUUAGUAAAUAUAAUAAAACAUAUCUGUGUAGUAAUACAGGAAAUAUUAAUGGAUUAGAAAACAUAAAUCUUAACAAUUUAAUAAAUAUUUUAAAUAAUAAAAACAAAACAUUAAAUGAAAAUAAUUGUAAUAAUAAAAAUUAUGAAGAUAAAGAAAAGAACGGAUUAAAAAAGAACAAAUUAAAUGAGAAAAAAAUGGAACAAGUUUCUAUUCAUAUACAAGAUUAUACACCAAUAAAAACUAUAAAAUAUAUUUCAGAAAUAAUUAAUAUAUUACAUAAAUUAUUAUCUGAUAAUAAGUUAGAAUUUGUGAGUUAUUUUUAUUUUCUAGAUUUACUAUACAAAGUAGGAACAUUUGAUUUUAUAUUUAAUAUGUUUAAUUAUGUUAUGAGUGUAUAUAUUUCAUUAUUAUCAUUAUAUUAUAAGAAAAAAAAGGAAAAUAAACAAAAUUGUAGUUCCAAAUUUACUAGUUAUAUACCAAUACAUAUUAGUAGAAAUUAUACAUGUACUAAUACAUAUUUUGUAAGAUAUAUAAUUAGACUUAUGUUAUAUUAUGCAGAUACUGAUGUUAAUACAAUAAAAACUUAUUUACAAAUAACAGUUAAAUCAAUAAAUACAUUUUUAGAUUUUUUUAUAAGUUUAAUAAAUAUAGGGAAAUUUAAUAUGAUUCUAUUCUGUUCGAAAAUGUUACAUCCCUUAACAAAAAUACAUGAACAUUUUGAGGGACAACGUGUUGAUCCAAAUGUAAAUAAAAAAGAAAAUGAUGGAGAUAAAAAUAUGAAUACAGAUUCAUGUAGUAAACAAACAAAUUCGGCAAUUAAAGUAAAAGAAAAUAAUAAUAAUAAUAAUAAUAAUAAUGAUAUAUCUAAUGGGUGUAUAUCCAUACAAAACAAUACUAAUCCAAAUUGUGAAAAAAUUAAUAUGAAUUCUGGAUUUUCAAAUAUUUUAAAUACACAAAACUUGAAUAAUACCAAUGAAUCAUUAAACUUUGAUAAUAAAAUAAAUGUUGAUCAAAAUAAUUAUUGUACAUUUGAAAAGGAUAAUAUCAAUAAUAUAAAUGAAGUAAAAGAUUGUAACACAGAAAGUAGUACUUUUUCUUAUAAUAAUAACUUUUUAUUUUCUUUAGAUUAUUUUGAUAUACUUAAUACUAUAAGAUCAGUAAAAUGUGAUAUAUCAAAUAAUAUAUUUAUGUGGUUAACAUAUAUUAAUAGUACAAGUGUAAAAAUUGGUAAUUUAGGAAGAAAUAAUAUAUACAUAAAUUUUAGUAAUAAUAUUAUUUAUAACUUUUUAAAAAUCAUUUUGAAAUUUAUUCAUCAUUCAACUGAAAUAGAACCAAAACUCAACGAAUUAUGGAUGAAGGAAAAAAAUAAGGAAAAAAAAAAUAUAGCUAAUAAAGAUAAAGAAAAAGAUGCUUUUAAUUAUCCAAAUGUUAAUAUAUUAGAAGAAUGGGGAUUAAUGGGAUUUGAUGAAAAAACUAUUUAUGAUUGCCUGAACUAUUCAGGUACAACUGAUUUAGAUUGCACAUUGAAUUAUUUAGAUAAGGCUAAAGAAAAAGAAUAUUUCUCAAAUAUGAGUAUAGAUAAAACUAUGUCAGAAAAAAAAAAAAUUAAGGAUAAUAUGAAAUCAUCCUAUUCAGAGUUUGAUGGAAAUAGUAGUGAUACUUUUUCUAAUUCUAGUAAUAAAAAAAAUGAUGAUAUAGUAAUUAGGCGUAACAUCAUGCAAUGUCGUGGUUAUAAUAGUAACUUGAAUGAUAUGACUUCCCACGAAACAUUAAAUACGAAUGGUGUAGCACCUAAUAUUAUUAAUAAUAAUAGUAAUAAUAAUAAUAUUAAUAAUAGUAAUAGUAAUAGUAAUACAUUUGAUAAUUUGUGUAAUAAUAAUAUCUAUCAUUGUAAUAACAAAGUGGAUGAAGAAAAAGAUGAAGAUAUAUUUUAUAAAGAUGAAAAAUACAUUUUAGAAAAAUUUCCAUUCAUGUUUGAUUUACUCAAAGAAGCACAGGAUAAUUCAAUACAUGCACGUGUUUAUUAUUAUGAUAAUAUUAUGAAUCCUAAUAAUAAAAGAGAUAUGAUAUUUUAUAUACAAUAUUAUUUGAAAUCAUUAAGAAAAAAUAUAUUUAAUUCUUAUGAAAAAAAGAAUUAUAUAAAAACUUUUUGGAAUGAAGAAAAAUAUCUUUUAUUAAAACAAUAUAUAUAUAAAUAUAUUUUUAAUAUGCUUAUAAAUAUUAUGCUUACUAUUCCAUAUAAUGAAUUAUCAUUUAUGAACUUAUAUCUUAGUUUUCUAGUUAUAGAUAUUGAUAAAAAAACAGUUAAAUUGUUUUUAGAUCAAUAUAAAAAAACUAUACAUGAUAAAAAUAGUAAUAAAAGUAGAAUAUUUAAUCAUCAAGAUGUAAAAAUAAUUAUAUUAUAUUAUUUUAUAGAAAAUAUUUCUAAAAAAAUUAAAACAUUGAAAAAUGAUGAAGGUAUACCUUAUGAACCUUUCUAUCAUUGUCAUCAUAUGUUUAUGAAUUUACAUAAAAAAAAAAAUAAGGGACUUAAAAAUUCAGAUUCGAAUAUAAAACAGGAUAAAAAAAAAGAUAAUAAAAAUAUUAUACGAAAUAAAUUACCAGAUGCAGGAAAUAUACAAAAUAUAUAUAAUUCUAAUCACCCCAAUACAUCAUCAAAUAAUAAUAUAGGUAAUAAUAUAAUUACUGCAACAUCCCCAAGUAUUACACUCAAUAUUAAUACAAGACCAAAUGAUACUAAUGUUAAUAUAUUUAAUAAUAAUAAUAAUAUUAUAUCUGUUAAUGAAAUAAAUCCUUCCACAAAUAUACAUGUAAAUAAUAAUAAUAAUAAUAAUAUAAAUAAUUUAAGUAUUGUCGAUACAAAUAAUAAUAUGCGUAAUAUAAAUCAUCUAAAUAAUAAUCGAAAUAGAGCAAGUAAUGCUAUAGGAAAUAAUAUUUUAUUAAAUUACCCAUUAAAUAAUUUGGAUAAUAGUUAUCAUAGUGAUGAUAAUCCAUUGAACUAUUAUCAAGGUAAUAAUACAAACCUAUUGGAUGAGAAAAAUGAAAAUAAAAAUAAUAAAGAUUAUCAAGAUAAAAAGAUAUUAACUAAUUCUCCUGAUGCCAUAAAUAAUGAUUUAAAUGAUGAAAACAAUUGUAUAUAUGGAACAAAAUAUGCAAAAGGAGAUAUUGAUGUUAUUUAUGAAUCACAAAAAGAUAUGGAAAUUUAUUCAUACCAUUUUUGUUUAUAUAUGUUAUUUUUUACAUUAUAUAAUGUACUUCAUAAAUAUAAUAUAGCAAAGAAUUUAAUUUUAAAUAUGGAUAGAAAUAUACUCGAUUAUUGUAUUUUCUUUAUACAAAAAUUUAAUAUUUCAUAUAUAAAAUGUAUAGAAAAUAAUGUUAACUAUUUUUUAGCACUUGAUAAAAAUGUAAGAAAAAUAGAUAAUGAUGAAGAACAUAAUAACCAAAAAAUGAAGGAACAACAUGAUGUAGAGCAACGUCGAUCUGUAUUUUUAAAUGAUGUGUCAUCAUGUAAUGUGAGUAAUGCUGAAAAUGUGGAUAUGAGUUUAAAUGAACAAGAACUAUUAUCAAAGAAAAAUCAAGAAAAAAAUAAAAGAAAAAGAAAAUAUAAUAAAUUAUUAUCUCAAAGUAAAGGAAAUACAAAUUAUAUGGAUCCAUCUGUUUCUAGUUUAGAGAGUGCUGAUAAAAUUAUGGUAUCAUCAUCUCUGGAAAUAGAUGGUAAUAUUAAUACUAACAAAAUGGUGCACAAUAAUAAUAAUGAGCACAAUUAUAUUGGUUGUUGUAAUAAUUAUAUGAAUGAAGCCUCUUUUAAUCUUAAUAAUGAUGCAAAUAAUAUAUAUAAAAUUCAUAUGAAUAAUAAUAUUAAUAAAAAUUUAAAUAACACAAAUUAUGAUAAUCACAUAAUAACAAGUACCAGCAAUGUAAUAUCUGAUAAUGAAAUGAAAAAGGAAAAAAUAAAUAUAAUGUAUAACAAAGGUUUAGUUAUAAAUAAAAAUUUAGAAACUCAUAAUAUGCUUAUUCCAUAUUGGAAUUUAGCAGAUGUAGAUAGUUCAGUAUCUAUGACAAAAACUCAAACAAAUAAUAAUUUAAUGGUAGAGAAUGAAGAAAAUAAAUAUAUUUCCUUAUACUCAAAACCUCCAUGUUUUUAUGCACCUUUGUUUAUGUGCUUAUAUAAAAUUAUUAUUAAUUAUUCCUUAUACAAUUUUAAUGAUAAGAAUAAGAAAACAAUUAAAAAGACUAAAGAAGAAAAGUACAAUGAAGAUAAAAAUAUGUUUUUAAAUAAUUUGAAAAUGGAACAUUAUAGUAUGUUAAAUAAAAAUAAUAGUCACAUGAAUAAAUCAGAAAAGGUAGUAUUUAAUACAAAUGAAAGACGAACUAGUGUAACUCUGGGUACAAGUAAUUAUAAUUUACCUAAUAAUAUUAAAUUACCUCAAACACAUAUGGAAAAUGUAAGAUAUGUAUCAACAGAAAAGCAGCAUAAUAUUAUAAAAAUAUGUAUUGAUACAUUAUAUUUUUUCAAAGGAUAUAAUUCACAUUUAUGUUUAAGUAUAUUAAGAAUUAUUGAAUAUUUGACUACUACAUAUAAUAAUGUGGUUUUUUUUAUAACCUAUUCUCCUCCAAAUAUUUAUAAAAAUUUUAAGAAAGUUUUUCAAAUAGAAGAACAAAUGCGACAAAUGAAUAAAACAAAGAAUCUAAAUAAAUAUGAUGAUAAUAAAAACAGUUUAGAAAAGUCUUAUCCAAAUAAUAAUGUAAUAAUGAAUGCAUCAAAAAAUAUGUCCAAGGAAGAACUAAUAAAUAAUAACAACAUAAAUGUCAAGAAAGAAAUUCAUAAAAAUAAUAAUAAUGACAAUCAUAAUAAUAACAAUUUUAAUGAUCCUGCAUUUUAUUCACUUGAUGGUUUCAAGGGAGAAAAUUCCAUUUUUUAUGAACAAAAAUUAUCUUAUUUUGAUUUAAAUGAUUUAAUAUUAAAUAAUAUGAGUAGAAAUAGUUUAGGUAUAUUAUUAACCAUGUCAAAACAAGUUAAGUUUAAAGAUAUGCUAAUAAUAUUAAUAAGUAUAUUACUUCAGUGCUUUACAGAUAAUUAUGUUAUAGCUAAUAGAAUGGAAUCUAAUUUAAAAUCCUAUUUUGCAUCUCAUGGUAUACCUGUUAAGUGUUUUAUGAAAAAGGAUGAUUUACAAGUAAUUGAAAACGCUAAAUUCUCCAAUGCUUUAGGUGUAUCAUUAAGUGAAUUAAAUCAAGCAUUAUAUCCAUUCAUAUUUAAAAACCCACAAAUUUAUGAGGACAUAUUAAGUUGUUUAUGUUUUUUCCCUAAUUUAAAAUAUGUUAAGAAAAGUGAAACAAACGAUUUAGAGAAAUUUGGUAUUAAUACGAAUGUCGAUGAUACAUACAAAUUUUUAGAAGAAAAAAAAAAAAAAGUUGAUCCUAUGAUCCAAGUAAAUACAGAUAAAAAGAAAGGUUCAAAUUUUAAAUUGAACACAAAUGGUAAUAUGAAUUUUGAUAUGAAUAUAGAAUAUAAUAAUAUAAACAAUUUUAGUAAUAAUAUGAAUUUGGAAGAUUUUACUAAAAUAGAUUUAUUAAACAAUGAAACAGAAAAAAUAAAAGAAACAAAUAAAAAUCAUGAAAAUAUGAAUGGAAUAUAUAAUAAUAAUAAUAAUAUAUCAAAUAAUAAUUAUUACUUAAAUACUUUACCAAUACCAGAACAUAUAAAAUCAAUUUAUAUGUUAUCUGAAGUAGCUUUUAGUCCAAGAUGUUUAAGAAAAUAUCAUGUCAAAAAUAAUUUUUAUAAUUUUUAUAUUCUAGCAACAUUAUUAGAUUUUCUGAAUUUGUUUACUAUUAUACAGAGUAAAACUCGACUAGCUAAAUUAAAUGGAAAAGAAGAAAAACAGAAAUUUAAUAAAACAUUAAUGGAAAUAUAUGGUACUGAUGCAGAUUUUGAUAAUGAAUUAGAAUAUAAAGUUAUGUAUCCUUUUGCUUUAACAGCUGAUAAUAUGUUAUUUAUAAUAAACUUACUUUUAAAAACUUAUAAACAUUUAAUAGUAUAUCUAAUUAAAAUACCUGCUUCUUUUAAUCAGAAAAUUAUCAAAUCAUUCUUCCAAAAAGAAUAUGAUAUAUAUCAAUUCAGAGGAAGUAUGUUAUAUGUAGAUAAUUCAUCUUUUCCAUAUAAUGAUAUAACAAUUAGUAAAGAAAGUAGAUUAAGUAAUAUCUCAUCGAUUUCAAAUUAUAGUAUAACUAGUAAGAAUAAAAAUAAUACAGAUAUAAAUGUACAUAAUAAUACAAAUGAUGAUUCAGCAAUUUAUUUAUUAACAAAAAAUAAUAAUGAAAAUAAUAAAAAUCAAUAUCCAAUUAUGGAUUUAUCUAAUGUUUUAUAUAAAUUAAUUCGUUGUGAUUCUAUUAAUACACAUACAUAUAAACAAAUAUCAGAAUAUUAUUUACAAAAUUAUAUGCAAUAUUAUUCUCUAUUUGAUUUAUCAAAUUUCACUUUUAGAAGUUGUUUAUUCCCAUUUAUAUAUGAAAAGAAAUAUAUAACUGAUAUUCAUAAUAUGGAUUUGAUAGAUUAUGUUUCUAAUAUUAAUAAUUCAAAUAAUAUUGUGUUUACGCCAUUUCUAAUAUUCUUAUUCAAGAGAAUAUUACCACAAUUUAUUUGUCUCAAUUAUCCUUCCUUACGUAGCCCAUACUCUUUAAAUACAUUUAAAAAACACUAUCCUAAUAUGGAAAAAUAUUAUGCCUUAAGAAAUAAUGAAAAUAAAAAUUUGACAUAUCUAAGACAUAUACUUAAUUUUAUUCAAUUAAUUUUUGAUAUACAUAAUGCGAAUUAUGAUGUACAUAAAAAGGUUGUAUUAGAAAUAAUGCACUUGCUUAAAAUUUAUUCCAACUUUCAAAAGAAAAAAGAUAAUGUAAACAAAAAUAUUAAAGACAAUGAUCAUGUAUUUUCUAAUGUUAUGGAUAUUUUCACAUAUGCAGUAAGUUCCCUAUUAUAUAAACUCGUGAAUGAAGAACAGAAUAUUAAAGUUGAAAAGCCUUCUAUUGUAGAAGAUGAUCAAUCUAUAAAUAAGAAGAAAAAUAUAUCCGAACAAUAUCAACUACAUCAAAAAGAGAAGAGUAAAAAAAAUAAAAAAAAUGACGAUAGUGAUAAUAGUGACGAAGACAAGUUUAUGUGUAACAAUCGUGAUAACGAUAAUAAUAAUAAUAAUAAUAAUAAUGAUCAUAAUAAUAACAACAAUAAUAAUAAUCACCACAAUAAUAAUAAUAAUAAUAAUCACAACAAUAAUAAUAAUAAUCACAACAAUAAUAAUAAUAAUAAUCACAACAAUAAUAAUAAUAAUAAUCACAACAAUAAUAAUAACCACAAUAAUAAUAAUAAUCACAACAACAAUAAUAAUAACAACAAUAAUAAUAAUAAUAAUCACCACAAUAAUAAUAAUAAUAAUAACCACAACAAUAAUAAUAAUAAUAAUCACCACAAUAAUAAUAAUAAUAACCACAACAAUAAUAAUAACCACAACAACAAUAAUAAUAACCACAACAACAAUAAUAAUAACCACAACAAUAAUAAUAAUAACCACAACAACAAUAAUAAUGAAGAUGGGGACGGAGAUAAUGAAGAUAAAAAAAAUGAUAACAACAAAACAUUUUAUUAUAACAGAGAACAACUUAUAAUGUUUCGAAACUCUUUAUGUAAUUUAUUAAAUAAAUUAGAUUAUUCUAAAGAAGAUUUUGCAAAUGUAGCCACUUCCAUAAUUAGAUGUCUAUCCGUUUUAACAUCUGCACCUGUCAUGGGAUAUCCUAUAAAAACGAAGAAUAAUAAAUUAUUUAUGAUAAAACUAAAUAAACUUAAUGAAAAGAAAAAUACAAAAAUAAAAAAAAUAAAAAGGAACAAAAGAAGAAAAAAUGUUUCUUAUGUUACCUUUUUAAACCCAUCAUAUGUCCGAUUUAGAUCGGAUUCAAGUAAUAAUGAUUCUGAAUGCUCAGAUAUUCCAUAUUCAGAUGAUUCGGAUAUCUCAUAUGAAGAACACUUUAUUUUUGAUAAUGGUGAAAGUGAUGAAGAGGAUGAUGAUAUUCGUUAUGAAUACGAAGAAGAAAUGGAUGAUGAUUAUAUGGAAGAGGAAGAAAUAGUAAAUCAGGAAGACGGUGAGGAAGAAGAAGAAGAAGAAGAUGACGAAGAGGAAGAAGAUGACGAAGUAGUGGACGGAGAAGACGACGAAGAAGCACAAGAUGAAGAAAAUGACGAUGAGGAAGGAAAUAAUGAAAACGAGACCUUAUUUAAUGAUGAGUAUUAUAAUCAAACAGAUAAUGAUAAUGAUAACAUUAAUAAUAGUAAUAAUAAUUUAUUAAAUGAUGAGGCAAAUGACUAUAUGUCUAAUGAUGAUGAGGAAAAUGAUGUAGAAAGGGAUGACGAAGAUGUUGAAGUAGAUGAUGACGAAGAUGUUGAAGUAGAUGAUGACGAAGAAGUUGAAGUAGAUGAAGAUGAAGAAGAAGGAGAAGAAAUGGAUGAUGAUAUGGAAAAUGAAGAUGAUAUAGAAGAAGAUGAUGAAGAUGAUAUAGAUGAUGACGAUGAAGAUGAAGUAGACGAUGAAGUAGAUGAUGAAGAAGUUUUAGAUGAUGAAUAUGAUGAAAUUGAUAUUGAAGAUGAGGAUGCUGCCGAAAGAAAUAGUAAUGAAGAAAAUAAUAAUAAUAGAAAUGUACAUGUACAUGCUUAUUUGGUUCAAGAUAGAAAUGAAAUUGAUGAAGACCAGAUAUAUGAUAAUUCGAACGAUUUAUUACUUCCUCAUGAAAUAGAUGAAAAUGAGGAAAUUUUAUCGAACAUGGAUGAUAAUAAUAAUAACAUUGUAUCAAGAUUGGAUUUGGUUUCGGAUAGUAGUAAUGAUAUGGAUGAACAAAAUGUUCAUCGAAUUAGAGAAAUAGAUGAAACAGAAGACGAUGAAGAAGAUGAUGAUGGAGAAGAUGACGAUGAAGAUGACGAUGAAGAUGAUGAUGACGAAGAUGAAGAUGAUGAUGAUGACGAAGAUGAUGAUGAUGACGAAGAUGAUGGAGAGGAUGAUGAAGAAGAUGAUGAUGAAGAAGAUGAUGAAGAAGAUGAUGAAGAAGAUGAAGGAGAAGAAGAAUAUGAAGAUGUAGAAGAAGAAGAUGCAGAUGAAGAAGAACUUCAUAUAAAUAAUAGUACAUAUAAUGUUAAUCAAAAUGUAGAUAAUAUUAGAUCUAAUAAUAAUAAUACAGAUUUAAUAGAUAACGAACUAAAUGUAAAUAAUUCUUUAUUAAAUUGUAAUGAAAAUCAGCAUGAAAUAUUAGAUAUCUUAUUAGAAGAAGACGGAGCAUAUAAUAUUAAUGAUGAUAUAGAUGAAUAUAAUGAUGAUUAUGUAGACGAAGUGGAUAAUAAUAAUAAUAUCAAUAAUAAUAAUAACAAUAAUAAUAUCAAUAAUAAUAAUAACAAUAAUAAUAAUGCAAGUAAUAAUAACCGUUUUAGUAAUAUUGUUAAUGUACAGACCCAAAUUGUAAACAAUAAUCAAAUGAGAAAUAGAAUGAAUGCAACAAAUGAUAUAGAACAUAUUAAUAAUUUACAAGAAAAUAUCAAUACAAAUAAUAUGAAUUCAGUUUCUCAAUAUAAUAUUAAUGGUAAUAUUUCAAAUAUAUCUAAUAAUACAUGUACAGAUCAUAAAUAUUCUUCAAACGAAAGAGAUGCUUUAGAAAAUAAUGUAAAUAAUAGUGACCUUGUUCAUACUGAAAAUAGUGCACAUGAUCAUCCUAUAAAUUCCUCAUUAUUAGAUAAUAAUAAAAAUAAAAAUAUUUCAAACAAUAUCAGUUUGAUACAUAAUAAUACAAUAGAAACGAAAAAUAAUAUUCUUCCUAACACUUUAGCAAGUAACAUUCAGAAUAAUGUAGAUAUACAAAAUAAUUUAUGUAAUAAUGUAAAUGCAAAUAAUUGUUCUAAUAAUAUAUAUGAGAAUACUCAAACCAAAAGUGAGAAAAAAGGUACAAUUAAAAAUAACAUCAAUUUAGAGAAUAACGAAGAAAAUAAGAAUGAAAAUAUUAAUAAAAAUAAUAAAAUAAAGAAUGAACAAAUUAAUAAUACUAAUGUUAAUAAUAUGAAUAAUAUUGAAAAUGAUAUUAAUGAUAAUAUAAAAGUUGAUAAAAACAAUAUUAAAAAUAAUGAUUCAUAUCAUGUCAAAGAUAAAACCAUGUUAGAAUCAUCAGAAAGUACAACAAAUGUUAGAAAUGUAGAUGAAAAUAAUAUAAGCAUUAUUGAUUUAUAUUAUCAUUUUUAUGGUUCUAAUAAUAGGGAUAUAAAUACAUUAUUAAAUGAAAAUAAUAGUAUCUUAUAUUUGAAUGAAACGGGACAAAUAAACUCGACACAAAUAAAAGAAAGCAACAAUAAAAUUAAUAAUAAUAGUAAUAGUAAUAAUAGUAAUAGUAAUAAUACAAAUGCUGAUAAUAAAGAUUCUAAAAAAACAGAUAUAUCAAAUAAUGCAAAUAAUGCUGAAGAAGUACCAGUAGUAUCAAAUAAUAACAACACUGAAAGUGUAGAAGAAUUUAAUAAUAUAACCAAUCUUAAUAUAGAAAAUUUAAUGGAUCAACUAUAUUCAACUUUAUUAAGUACAGAUAUAAGAGCAAAUGAUCUUUUAAACAAUGAAAUUAUAUCAUUGGAAAAUAGAGCUAAUCGUGUACGAAGAAAUAAUAAUUUUAAUAAUAUUAUAGAAGAGAACAGUUAUAAUAUUAUAGGUGAUAAUAUAACAGAAAACCGUAAUUUAUAUGAUAAUCGUUUUAAUAGAAAUAAUAGUGUUCCAUAUAUUCAUAGAAAUGUAGAAAGAUUAAAUAAUUUCCCUCCAUUACCAACAUCAAGCAAUAAUACAAACAUUAGAGCAAGUUGGAACAAUAGAAAUAUAAAUCGUCCUAAUAGCAUAACAAAUAAUACCCUGAACAAUAUAACAAGUAGUAUUAGAAAUAAUAAUUUGAGAAACAUAUUUAGCAAUAUAAGAAAUAAUAAUAAUGAAAAUGUUUUAAAUACACAUAGAGCUAUUAAUAUUGUUCCAUCUAUUAUAAGAAAUGGUAUAGUUCAAAAUUUAUCAGCAAUGCAACAAAAUAACAAUGAUUCAAAUAAUAAUAAUAGUAAUAAUUUACCCACCAACCAAGUUACAAAUAAUACAAACGAAAGAACAAACGAAAAUAAUCAUAUUAAUAAUAAUAAUAAUAUAUCACAAAGUGAAGUUACGAACAAUGAGCAAAGACAAGUUGCAGAAUCAAAUAAAGAUAAAAAUCAAAUAAACGAUAAAGGUACUAAAAUUGAGAAAACAGAUAUGUUAACUAAAAAAUAUAACAAAAAUCAAGCGCAAUUUAAUAUGGUUGAUGCUAUUAUUGAUAAUGACAAAGUAUUAAAGAGUGCUAUUUGUAAUAUGAUGUAUAAUAGAUUAUGCAAAACUAUACCUAAGGUUCAUAUUAAAUUACCUUUAGAAAAUUUAAUUGAAGAGAAAAAAAGAAUUAUUCAAACCUUGAAAAAACAAAAGGAACAAGAACAACUACAAGAAAAUAUAAAAGAAAACGAUAAUAAAAAGUCCAAUAAUGAAGAUCAAAAUGACUCAGAGGAUGUAAACAAAAACAAAGAUGAUCAAUAUAAAAAAGAUAAAAAGGAAAACAAGGACAAAAAAUUAUCUCGUUGUACUGCUACUACAAAUGAUAAACAACAAAACAUCAAUGAAGAAAAUGACAUAAUUGAGUCCAAUGAAAAUGAUAAUAUAACAAAUGUACAAAUAAAUUCCAAUAAUGAACUAGAAAAUACUCAAUUGAAUAAUAAUAAUAAUAAUACAAAUAAUGGAUUUAACCCUAACGAAGGUGAUAAUGAUAGUGAUAGUGAUGAUUAUAAUGAUAACAGUGAUAAUAAUGAUAAUAAUGAUAAUAGUGAUAAUAAUGAUAAUAAUGAUAAUAGUGAUAAUAAUGAUAAUAAUAAUGAUAAUAAUAAUGAUAAUAAUAAUGAUAAUAAUAAUGAUAAUAAUAAUAAUAAUAAUAUUGAUGAAGAAAAUGAAGAAGAUUAUAAAAAUAUUAAUUAUGACGAAUUAUUUGAUAAUAUUUUAAAUAUUGAAUCACUUCUUAUAAUUUGCUGUUCCUUAGGAAUAAGUGAAUCCCAAUUUUUGGAACUCUUAAAUGUUGAUAGAUCAUUUCUUUUAGAAUUACCAUCAAAUUUAAUUGAUGAACUUAUAAUUCAAAAUUUAAAAAAUAUUACCUUAACAGCUAUUAAUGAAAAGGCACAGGAUAAUAUAAAAAACAAGAAAAUAAUAUCAAUUAAAAUGUAUAAGAAUUAUCUGAAAUAUCAAGAAUAUAAAAAAGCCCAAGAAAAUAAUGCAUCGAAUGAAAACAAUACAAAUGACCUAUCAAAUAACACAACAGGUAAUAAUAUAACAAAUGAUAACAAUAAUAAUAAUAGUAAUAAUAAUAAUAAUAAUAAUAAUAAUUUGACAAGUGCUAAUACUACGACGAAUAAUUCUAUUACAGAAAAUAAUGAACGACGUACUAAUGAAAAUGCAAGUGCAAUAGAAAAUCUUGAUAAUAGUACAAAUAUUCAAAAUAAUACGAAUGAUGAAAAGGGACAAAAUAUUCAUAUAUAUAAUAGUAUAAAAAAAAGCUAUUUAGAAGCUUUACCAUCAAGUAUUAGAUCCGAAAUUAAAAAAAGAAUUAUAGGAAAUAGAACUGAAAGAACUGAUGUACAAGAUGAAACUAAUAUUUCUUUUAUAGAUUCCUUAACACCUGAAUUAAGAAGAGAUGUGUUAUCGACAGCUAGUAUAAGAUUUAUAAGAACAUUAACUGAAGACAUGAUAGAAGAAGCUAGAAACCUAAGAUUAGUUAUAUUAAAUAAUCGUAAUAAUACUCUAAAUGCAAAUAAUAGAAAUAGACAAAAUAUUUCAAAUAAUGAUGGAGCAAAUACUACAAGUACAAAUAACAGAAGUGUAAGUGAUAGAAAUACACAAAAUGUGAAUAAUACAAACAAUACAAAUAAUACAAGCAGUGUAAGUAAUACGAAUAAUAUAAAUAAUACAAGCAGUGUAAAUAAUACAAAUAAUAUAAAUAAUGCGAACAGCACAAAUAAUACUAACAAUGUGAAUAAUAAUAGCAAUAUAAAUAAUGUAAGUAGUACAAAUAAUAUGAGCAAUACAAAUAAUGUAAGCAAUACAGACAAUGUAAGUAAUACAAAUAACAUAAACAAUAAUAAUAAUAAUAAUAAUAGUGGUAGUACUAGUAGUAGUAAUAAUAACAGCAGUAGUAGCAGCAGCAAUAUAAACGGUUCCAAUGUAGCAAAUUUAAUUAACAAUAUAAGAAAUAAUAUUCAAGUUAGAAUUAGUAAUCGUGCUUUGAGAAGUGUAUCAAAUAAUUUAAAUAAUAAUAAUCUUAACCAUAAUAAUAUUAAUAUUAUAAGUAAUAUAAACAAUAUUAAUAGUAUUAAUAAUAUGAAUAUUAUUAACAAUAAUAAUAUGAUUGUGAACAAUUUUAAUAGAAGUAAUAGAAAUAGUAAUAGACUGGUUUUUACUGGAGGUAAUCGAAACAGUCUUAAUAAUAGACGUCGUUUGAAUUUACCUCUAAGAAAUUCUCUUUCAAAUAUGCAGAGAAAUAAUUUUAUUAGAAUUACAUAUAAUGAAAAUAAUGCUCCAGUUAUUAUGAUAAACACAGGUCAUGAAAAUUAUGACAGUUUAACAGUUACUCGUUUUAUUGAUAAUAUUAUGGGUAUUAGAACAAAUGAUUCACUGGCAUCUGGUUUGCCUUUAGGAGAUAGUAAUAAUAGUAGUAAUUAUAAUAGUAACAACAACAAUAAUAAUAAUAAUAACAAUAAUAAUAAUAAUAAUAACAAUAAUAAUAGUAAUAGUAACAAUAAUAAUAAUAAUAGUAACAAUAAUAAUAAUAAUAGUGAACAAUCGAGAUUAUUAAUUAGUAACCAAAAUAGAAAUGCACAUCAUAAUAAUAAUGUGGAUCAUAAUUAUCAUGUUAUGAAUGAUGACAAAUAUUUAGAAAAAGAAGAUGAUAUGUUAUUGAGUAAAUAUUUAAAAAAUUUAUUUCCCUCUUUGAAUAGAUUUAAUGCUGAUAAUUCAAAAACUUCAUCAUUAUAUGUAUGUGUAGAAGAACCAGUUUCGUUUCAAGCUUUAAUUGAUAUAUGUAGAUUAUUAUUUUUAAAGAAAGAAAUUAAUAAAAAAAUAAUGUUUACAUUAUUUUGUAAUUUAACUUGUUCAUAUCAAAAAACAAAGAUAUAUACACUACAAUUAUUUAUGAACAUUUUAUGGUGUGCAUCAGCUGAUUUACACGCAAAAAAAAAUAAUCCAUCAGUGGUAUAUUUAAAUUCUAUAAAUUUCCCUCCAAAAAUGUUAUAUUAUAAUAUGAAUAAGAAAAAUUAUGGUUUAUUUUCAGAUAAUUAUUUUAUUACUGCAUCUAUAUCAGCAGAAAGGGUUCUAGAACAAGUACAGUCAUUACUCAUUACCGUACCUCAUAUUUCUUCAUUCUUUUGCACAUUUUUAAUACACCCAUCUUAUUUUAUGCCGAACUGUUUAGAUGAAAACAUGGUAACUAAAAAAGAUGAUGGAGGCGAACUUAAUAUUAAUAAGGAUCAUAAUAAUUUAAUGGAUGUUCCAUAUUAUGAGGAUAAAAUGAUAAAGAAUGAAAGGACUAAUGGAGAGAAGAAAAAUAAUGAAAUAAGAAAUUAUCAAAAUAAAGGAGUUGUAGAAGAAGAAAAAGAAUAUGAUGAUGAAGCUGUCAUUUUAGAAUAUGAAUUAAAAAGAAAAAGACCAAAGAUGGAUGAAAAAAAAAAGAACAAAAAUGAAAUAUCAGAUAUAUAUAAAAAUAAUACUAACAUUAAUGAUAAUAUGAGCCCACAAGUAGAUAUAUCUAAAUAUGAAUAUCCUAUAAAUAUCUUAUUCAAACUAUUAAAUUCAUCAUUAUAUUUAACCUCUAAAAAAUUAAUGAGUCAUUUAUUAUCUGUUAUUUAUAAUUUAUUAAUUAAUUGCGCCAAAGAAAAUCAUAAUUAUGCAAAUUUUACAAGAUGGGUAUAUGCAGAAAAUUUAGAAGAAAUAAUAAGUAUGGAAAAUAAAAAUAAUGAAGACGAGUUAACAAAUGAUGAUGAUAAUAAUAAUAAUAAUAAUAAAAUAUCAAAUGAUAAGAAUAGUACAAUUGUUGAAAAAAAUGUUGGCUCUACAAAUAAAGAAAAUACAAAUAAAAAUAAAGAUACAAAACAAAAACAAAAUAAAGAAAAAGAAAAUUUCCUUUCUUCAACUAAAAUUGAUAAAGAAUUAUUAUUAAAUAUAAAACGUUUAAAACCAAUAGAUGAAGAUAUAGAUAAAAAGGAUUUAAUUUCUAAACCAUAUUAUUUAUUAGAAGUUAUAUCAAAAGAUUCAUUACGUAAUUUAUGUAAAUUAAUAUGUAAUUACAAAACGAACUUUUUAUGGAUUAAUAAUAUGAAUAAUACAUCAAAUAAUAAUAAUAAUGUAAGUAAUAAUUUAGAACAAGUACAUAAACAAGAUAUAUCAUCACUAAUACAAAUUAUGGUUAUGUUUUUUUCUCAUUAUAAAUUAAAAGAUAUAAUUAUGAGAUCUUUUAAACGUCAUGCUCAUGUAUUAAUAAAAAGAAUUAUUUAUGAUUUAAAAAAAAUUGUUCGUUCAAUUCACAAUAAAACAUUCAAUAUAUAUUCUGUUGAUCAUUCUGAUAGUUUAGAACAAAAAUUAAUUGCCUUCUAUAGAGUUAUUACUAUACUAUUUAAUGCACCCACAAUAUUAGAUGGUCUAACAAAUAAAAGUGAUACGAUUAAUUUAAAUAAUACGAAUAAUAAUACAUCAAACGUCGAAAGUGUAAAUAUACCUGUUCAACAAAAUGAUCAUAUUAAUAAUAAUGAGCUAAAUAUAAAUAGUAAUAUAUCCAAUACAAAUGAAUGUAAUACUACUAUAAUGAACAAUGUAACGAAUAAUAUUGAACAUAAUAUAUCAUGUGAUAUAAAUGAAAACGAAACAAAUAAUAAGAUGAACCUUGUAAAAAAUAAUGAUAUCAACAAUGAAACAAUUAAAAAUGAUAAUGAGAAACAUAUUAAUAAAACAACAAUCGAUGGAGAAACCAAAUUUGAUAUAUGCGCAGAUUUUUUUCUCUCAAUUAAUAUUGAUUUAUUAUGGGAAGAAUUUAAUAAAACCAUGCAAGUUAUUAAUAAUUCAUUGAUUGAUAAAAAUUAUAAAUUUAAAGAUAGCUAUUAUUAUAAAGAUUUAACCACAACUAAAGAUGAAUAUAAGAAACAAAAUAGUAAUGAUAAAUUACAAACGAGUUAUGUACAUAAAACGAAUGAAAAAGAAGAUAAUAGUAGUAAUAACAAUUUAGUUGAUACACAAGACAAAAACAGAGUUACCUUAUUUAAUACAGAUACUUCAUCUAACGAAUCUUCAGAGCAUGGUGAUAUAUAUUCAAAUGAUAGAUUAUCAAGUAAUAUACAAAGCGAAGAAAUAUUAACAAAUAUAGAAAAUGAAAAUAACGAUGAAAAGAAAAAAGAAAAUGAUGAUGAACCACCUCCAACCAUUUUAAAUUAUCUCUUACCAUUAAUGGAAGCUUAUUUAUUUAUUGAAGAAGUUAUAUUAGUAUCACAAUAUAAAUUAAGAAAAUUUAAAGAUUUAGAAAAAAAAGUAGCCAAUUUAAAUGUAGAAAGCAUCAAAAUUAAUGAAAAGUUGGCAUAUGAUGAUAGCCCAUUUUAUAUAAACAUAUAUAAUAAGAAGAAAAUGAUCAAGAAAAAGAAUAAAAAAUAUAAAAGUACCAAAGAUUUAUUGGCUGAAAUAUUUGAGGAUUCUCAAAUCAAUAGUAAUUCAACUAAUUUGAAUAAAAUUAAAAGAAAAAUGUCUACAAAUAAUUUAGUUGAAAAAGAAGAGGAAGAAGAAGGUGAUCAAAUAAAACAUAGCAAAUAUGACCAAACACAAAAAAACCAAAAUGAUUAUACUGAAGAUGAUUCAAUGAAUAAUAACGAAGUUGAAAAUGAAAAUGUAAAUGAAAAAGAUAGUGUUGAAGGACAAGACAAAUUGGUAAAAAAUAAAUUGAAAAAGACAAAAUUAAAUGAGGACCAAACAAGUGGUAGUAAAAAUAAUAUACAACAGUUAAACAAAAGAGAAGAAAUGGCAUGUGGUAAUCAUGAUGGACAGGAAAAACAAAACAAUAAAGAAAAUAAAAAUAAAAAUAAAAAUAAAAACAAAAAUAAUAAUAAUAAUAAUAAUAAUAAUAAAAAUGAUAGAAAUAACGAACAAUUUUAUUCCAAUAUCAAUCAUGACAAUGUGGAUGAAAAUAAUUCUAAUAGUUUCAAUAACAAAAUAUCAAACCAUAAAGAAGUACAAGAAUAUCAAGAUAGUGAUACAUAUGAUGAUGAUAAUGAUGCAGGUGUUGAUCAAUAUAGUAGUUAUCAUAAUGACGGAACCGAUGACAAAGAUGAUGAAGAAGAAAGUGAUAACGAUGAAUAUAUACAAAUCAAAUUAGAAGAUAAUGAAGGAACAAUAAGCAGUCGACAUAAAAAAUUAAUAAAAUUUGUUUAUAUCAAUAGGAGAGUUAUUAAUAGCUUAAUAAAACAAACACCUAUUUUAUUACAUCAUAACUUCAAAUCAUUAAUUAAGUUGACCUCUUCAUGUAUUAAUUUUGAAAAUAAAAGACAUUAUUUAAGAAAAAAAUUAAAAUAUUUAAAAUCAGGAAUAAGAAGUGAUCCAAUACGUUUAAGUAUAAGAAGAGAAAAAGUAUUUACAGAUUCAUAUUAUCAAUUAAGAAAUAAAUCUGGUAAUGAUUUAAAAGGAAAACUUGUAGUAACCUUUAAAAAUGAAGAAGGAGUAGAUGCAGGUGGAUUAACAAGAGAAUGGUAUUCUAUUUUAGCAAAAGAAAUAUUUAAUCCUAAUUAUGCUUUGUUUUGUAGAGAAGGAAAGAAAAGUGAAUUUAAUCAUCCUAAUCCAUUAUCAUAUAUAAAUCCUGAUCAUUUACAUUUCUUUAAAUUUGUUGGAAAGUUUAUAGCUAAAGCUAUAUAUGAUGGUCAAGUUAUUGAUGCAUAUUUUUGUAGAUCAUUUUAUAAACAUAUGCUUGGUAGAAAAAUCUUACCAGCAGAUGCAGAAUCAGUAGAUCCUGAAUUUUAUAAUAGUUUAAUACAAAUAUCAGAAUAUAAAUUAGAAGAUUUAAAUUUAGAAAUUAAUUUUAGUACAGAAAUUGAUGAAUUUGGAAAAACAAAAGUUAUAGAUUUAAUACCUAAUGGAAGAAAUAUUCCAGUAACUGAUGAAAAUAAACAUAAAUAUAUUGAACUCUUAUGUGAAUUAAAAGUAACUAAUAGUAUAAAAGAACAGUUAGAAGCAUUUAUGGAUGGAUUUAAAGAAUUAAUCCAACCAAAACUAAUAUCUAUUUUUGAUGAUAAAGAAUUAGAACUACUUAUUAGUGGUAUACCAACAAUUGAUUUAAAUGAUUUAAAAAAAAAUGUAGAAUAUCAUAAUUAUACUCCUAAUUCUAUACAAAUUAUUUGGUUAUGGGAUGUAUUACAAGAAUUUGAUGAAAAUAAAAAAGCAUCAUUCUUACAAUUUGUUACGGGUACAAGUAGAGUACCAUUAGGAGGAUUCAAAAAUCUUAUGGGUAUGAGAGGAGCACAAAAAAUGAUUAUUUAUAAAGCAUAUGGAGAAGACCGUUUACCAACAGCACAUACAUGUUUUAAUCAACUUGAUUUACCAGAAUAUUCUUCAAAGGAAUUAUUAAAAAGUAAGUUAAUAAGGGCUAUCAUGGAAGGAAAAGAAGGAUUCGGUUUUAUAUAA